AUGGCGCUCGGCAAGGUUGCGGUGGCUGCCUUGGUGGCGUCCCUCCUCCUGCUCAGCACCAUCAAGGCUGCCGACUACCCUCCCGCGGCCGCUCCGUCUCUCGGGCCUCCUCCACACAAGAUCGUCGACCCCAUCAAAGACUGCGGGGACGCGUGCGACGUGAGGUGCAGCGCCAACUCGCGCAAGAACAUGUGCAGCCGCGCGUGCCUCAAGUGCUGCAGCGUCUGCCGCUGCGUGCCGGCGGGCACCGCCGGCAACAAGGAGACCUGCGGCAAGUGCUACACCGACUGGACCACGCACGGCAACAGGACCAAGUGCCCGUGA